AUGCCGGACGUUGCUGAAUAUUCAAUACCAGUGUUGGAAGACAAGCACUCUCCACCCCUGAAUCACCAAUACCAGAAAUGUCGAGAAUAUCACCGUUAUCGCGCUCUUGGUCGCCAAGAUAUCGAACACGAACAACCGAUUCCUUAG